UUGUAUUCCAGCGGUUGCGAGUCGAUACCGCAACGCUUUCUGAUCGCCAUGACUUCCUCCUCGCCGCUGCUCUUGCUCGCUCUCAUGUUGGCCUGGUCAGCACCAGCCUUCCUCCUGGCGCGCGCCGGCGCCGGCGACCAGGGACUCAAGCACAUCCACCUGUACAUGCACGAGAUCUUCGCCGGCCCCAACGCCACGGCGAUCGUGGCGGUGCCAUCACCACUGGGCGCCAACGCGACGUUCGGGGUGGUCGGCGUGCUCGAUGACGAGCUGCGCGACGGGCCGGACCCGAAGAGCUCGUCGCUCGUGGGCCGGUACCAGGGCAUUUUCGCCGGAGCCGGGCUCGUGAGCCCGCCGGGCAUGCAGUCGGCGAUCAACUUCGUGUUCACGGCUGGGGAGCACAGCGGGAGCACGCUGGCAAUGCUGGGGCCUGUUCUGAGCUUCACGGGUGCCAUCGAGCGCUCCGUGGUGGGCGGCACCGGCGCGUUCAGGAUGGCGCGUGGGUACUGCGUCAUGACGGCCGCGGGCAACCCCACGCCGGACUCCAUCGUCUAUGAGGUCGACCUAUUUGUGAAGAUGGAUUAUGCCUGAUCAUUUCCCCCUUCUCGUAACCUGUAUCGAUCAUUAUCGUGUACUCCCUCCGUUUCGAAAUAAUUGUCGCUGGAGAUAACCAGUUCAUUUUUCGUCACGUUGUAAUAUUUCUCCGCUUUCCCUUUGUGCCCUCGCACUCGCUCUCUCCCCGACAGGCCCCCGGCUACCACUCGCCUCCUCCCCACCCCAGAUCCGUCGACCUCACCCCACCCACCACCGCCCACCGCCAGCUCCGACGACCCCCACCUUGGCGCCCAUCCACGAGCUGGAGCAGCCGGAUGAGGAUGACCCCACCGAGACCGCCUCUUCCUCCGGCGACCACGCCACCCAGCGCCACCAGGACGCCGCCGCACCACCACCGAGCUUCCAGCUCUCCCCGUCCCAAUCCCCUCCCCCGGCCGGCCGCUCCUCCCGCACUACCAGAAGCAGCACAGGCGGACAGCAGCAGCUGCGCUUGCCUCCCGCCCACGCCAGCAGAAGCUGUUGGAAUAAGCCACGGCGUGUGUGGUCGGGCUCGUCGGGCGCGUCGGGUGCGCGCGGGACGGGCGGGACACAUUGGUGCCGUCGGGCUUGUCGGGCGCGUCGGUGACGCGCGGGACAGGCGGGACGUGCGGGACGCAGCAGCGGGCGUA